UUUUUUGUCGUCCAACUUCUUUGAAAUUUCGAAUAAAAUGAAGUUCGAAAGGGUCCAGAUGACUUUGACAGAUUCGAAAUUCAUCAAAAAUCGCGCGAAAUGGAGGUCGAUGUGAGUCCCAAAUCUGUAAUUCCCGCACAAAUUCCUCAUUUAUCGAAAUUACAUCACUGCGUAAAAGAUGUCAGUCCACUCAAAACCGGAAAAUUCAGUAGUUUCCUCAGCCAAAAAGAGAAUUUUCGUCAAAUUUUCUCUCACGAACAGAAAAAUUUCUUGGAUUUUAACUUUAACAAUCAAAAUUUAAGCUUUUUAGAGUACACCGACGUUCGUAGACUGCCAAUUUUGCUUCAAACAGCACGGAUGGGAGUUCAAAAACUCGAAAAUGGGGCACGCAGGAAUCUUUUUGACGCAGUCGAGUACUCGACAGUUCGUUCCAACGUCUGUAACUUAUUUCGUGCCGUCUUAACAGCGAUAGAUCAAUGCAACGACACGAAAAUUAUCGAAAAAUACGUGAAUCUGAUAAGGCCUUUGUGGCAUCCGGUCUUGUUGACACCGAAUUUGAAGGAAGUUUUUGUCUCGUGUUACGAUUGUGGCAGCACGGAGUAUGUGAAAGGACAGUUGAUUGCAAGUUCUGCGAAAUUUCACAACAUUCACGGCUUUUUGGAAGGCAGAUGGUUCUAUUUGGAGUAUUUGUUGAAGAAAACAGUGGUGAAUUCCGAGAGUGAUAGUGAAAAAAUGACAAAAAUAUCGCUAAUUGACACGGAGUUUGAAGCGGAAUUCAAGUUAUUUGUAGCAGAUAUCGUCACAAUUUGUCUGUUGACCUACUCGAAGUCCCUUCAAGAUCGUCACACAAUUUUCGAGAUUUUUGAACAAAAAUCAAUUUUUCCGUGUGUUUGCUUCCUGGAUGUGCUUUACGCGAUGGUUUCUUUGACUGACUUCCUUCGUCCCGUGCAUCAUUUUGGUCAAUUUUCGGAUUAUUUCGAUGAAAUAAUGAACGCCAUCGAAGAAGAUCGAUUUUUGGCGUACAUUCAAUCGUUGUGUGAUCGUCUGGAAGCGAGAAAAUUCUUCGCGCGUCUCGUUCCACAAGAAAUUCCCAAGUUUAAGCCCGAACAACUGAAUAUUUUCAAGAUAAAUUGUCUUUUGAGGAUUUUAAAAGUUGAUCCAGUCAUCGAAACGGAAAUUAUUGAAGGAAUUCGUUCGAGUCUCGUGACUUUUGUGAAGGCAGAACCCAAUGAAGAGCAACUUCGAGCGAUGUUACUGUUGAUGGCUGAGAGUUUCGCCGGAAAUUGGGACACAAAAUGUGAUUUAAUUUCAAUUUUCUUCGAUUGCAUCUAUAAAAGGAUCAAUUCGCCGUUUUUCAUGCCGAAUUCCAGAGUUGAUUCCUUGACUAUUAUGGAAUCGACACCUCAAAAUUUCCUCGCAGAAGUAAAAAAAUCCUUGGAAAACGAUAAAAUUCUGAAUUAUCAGUCAACAAGUUUCAAUAUUUUGGUUCACAUCAUCGGAAAAUCCCUCACGAAGCAACGCCUAAUGGGACAAAAAUCCGUUUCAAACAAACUUUUGGGCAGAAUCUUCUCCAAAUUCAGUAUUUCCAAGAUAAUUGCUCUCAGUGAGCGUGGCUUACAUAAUUUUGUGCUCCUAAUUGUCACUUUGGCUUGCAGUUGUGAGCUCAGCGAGUUCGGAAAUCGCUUAUUUGACAUUUUACUGCAGAUCCAAUACAACAAACUCCUGCCUGAUCGUCAAAAAGUGCUCGUAAAAGGACAUUUAUCACUCCUCAUCCUCUUCGUUGAUCGUAAAUUAAGUUUCGGAAAGCAUAUUGAACGUAUCGUGAACCAAUUAAAGGAAAAUGUAGCUGACCAGGCAUCGUUAUGGGAGCUCCUUUCCACGAGUUUUCGAGUAAUUUUAGGCGAAAAACGAUGUUUUGAGGAGGGAACAAGUUUGCUGGUUGGAAAUUGGAUCCGUCCGUACAUCAAUGGGACCAAAGAAACAGAAAAACGGGAAUUUUUCAUCGCAGUCAAUGACAUUCUCGGGUUAUAUUUUAACGAAAGAUCGAACUUCAGAGGUGACUAAAGUCAUCAAAGCUCUUUUUGAGAACUUUUUACCGGUAAUUCGGCAAAAUUACUUGAAAAAAACCGACGUUGAUGGAUUAUUUGUGCCUCAAAUCGCGACAAAAUUCACUUCGAUCGCUGGAAAUUCUAAAACUCACGAUGG